AUGACCUUCUUGCUGUUAUUUGAGUCCAUCUGCAUUUUUCUGCUUUCCCAAGUUUUGCUGGUGGUGGAUAUACAAGAAAUCCAUGCUGACCAGGAGAAGAUUGUCAAGAUCUCAGCUGCUGGCCAGUCGAUGCAGUGCUCGGCUUCGGUAGAUGUCCUUUUCCUCUUGGAUGGCUCCUACAGCAUCGGCAAGGGAAGCUUUGAAAGGUCCAAGCACUUCAUGGGUAAGCUCUGCGAUGCCUUGGACAUCAGGCCAGACCGGGUGAGUGUCAGGAAUUCAUUAAAAUUUAGUCAUCAAACUGAACAUGUACAAUGCAUAUUCCCCCAAACACAGCAUUUAUCACUAAAGGAAUAAAAGUUUGAUUUUGCUUUUCCAAUGCUAUCUUCUUUUAGAGGUGGGAGCACAGAGACGGGUCUGGCUCUGAAAUACAUCCUUCGCAAGGGAUUCCCCGGCGGCAGAAACUCGACUGUCCCUGAAAUCCUCAUCAUCCUUUCAGACGGAAAGUCCCAGGGCAACACUGAAAUACCUGCAACGCAGCUGAAGGAGAGGAGGAUCAUGGUUUUUGCAGUAGGAAUAAAGUUUCCAAGGUGGGAGGAGCUGCAGGCGCUGGCUAGCGACCCCGCUGAGCAGCACGUCCUGUUCGCUGGAGAUGCCGCCGACGCCGCCAAUGGCUUUUACAGCACCCUCACCCGCUCUGCUGUCUGCAGCGCCCCGGCUCCAGACUGCAAAAUUGAGUCCUAUCCUUGUGAGCGCAAGACCCUGGAGACUGUGAAGGAUCUGUCUGGAAACUUCGCAUGCUGGAGAGGCUCAAAGCAGCAAAGCGCAGUGCAUGGUUCACUGUGCCCGUUUUACAGAUGGAAAAAAGUUUUCAUAAAACAUCCAUCCAGACGUUUCCGAACAGUCUGUCCAGACCCUUGCGACUCCCAGCCAUGCCAGAAUGGGGGUACCUGUGUCUCAGAGGGACUGGUCAAGUUCUACUGCCUGUGCCCGGUGGGGUACGGAGCAGACGUCCACUGUGGACCGAAGCUGAGCCUUGAGUGCAGCGUCGAUCUUCUUUUCCUGAUGGACAGUUCAGCAGGGAUCGCUCUGGAAGGAUUCCUACGUUUCAAGGCAUUUCUAAAGAGGUUUCUUCAAGCUGUGAUGGGCCAGGAGUCACCAAUGAAUGUGGGAGUGGCUCAGUAUGAUACUGAUGUCAAGAUACCCAUUGAAGUGGGGCAGCACAAGGAUGUGUUUGGUCUCAUGAAGAGUAUUGAGGCUUUGAAUUUCAGUGGAGGAGAAACUCAGACAGGCAGAGCCCUGUGGUACAUUGCACAGCAUGGCUUUAGAAGCAUCCCAGCCUUGGCAGAUGUGCAGGAUGAUCUCCCACGGGUAGCUGUCUUGCUCACGGACUCCAAGUCUCAAGAUCCAGUGGUGGAAGCAGCCAAGUAUGCAAGAGACCAAGGGCUUUUCCUCAUCGGCAUAGGCAGAAGCUUCCUGAGAGCAGAGCUGACUGAGGUGACUGGCAAUCCCACGCAGACAAUCAUCUACUCCAGCCCCCAGGAUCUCCUUAACAAGAUCCCAGAGCUGCAGAAAAGAAUCUGCAGCAUGGACAGUCCUGAAGGCUGCCAGGCUCAGUCCCUUGAUUUGGUGUUUGUGGUGGAUGCUUCAGCUGGAGUUGGCCUGGAGAAUUUCCUGCUGCUGAGAGACUUUGUCAGAAGUGGAUCUUCCCAUUUCAGCAUCAGCCGGGAUGUCACCCAAAUCGGCCUCGUGGUGUACAGCAGCAGAGCUCACACUGCGUUCGCCCUGGACACCCACACUAGCAAUUCAUCUCUUCUCCAAGCCAUCAACCAGCUGCCCUUCCUUGGAGGCUCGAGCUCUCCCGGCAGUGCCUUGCUGCAUAUUCAUGGCGAUGUGAUGACUGUGCACAAAGGAGCAAGACCUGGUGUCAACAAGGUGGUGGUGAUGCUCACGAAUGGCGGUGGCAUGGAGGACGCUGCUUCACCAGCUCGGCAGCUGAGGAAUAACGGCAUCUUGGUGUUCGUGGUGGUCAUUGGAGAUGCAUAGAGGGACGCUGCUGGGUCUCCCAACUACCUGGUCCACGUCUCCUCCUAUGAGGACCUGCAGCGUUAUGAAGAGCUUAUCAUUGAAAGAAUCUGUGAAGAAGCGAAAAGCCCCGCGAACCUGUGCAAGCCCAACCCCUGCUUGAACCAGGGCCUAUGUGUCCUCGGGCCUGGAAGCCACCGCUGCGAAUGCCACAGCUGGCAAGGACCCCACUGCGCGAGCAGAAUUGCCAGCGAUUAAUCUUGGAGAAGUCCGGUUCUUCCUUCAGUUUCCCACAAGCAGCAGAGUCCACGUGGGUUGCAGCACUUCUCCUGAGGUCUUCAACACACCAAAAAGUCUGCGGAUUGGAAGCACUGA